AUGGCUGAAGUAUUUGUGGCCUUUGUGAAGAAAAUUCAGGUGAAGAUGGAGUCUAAAGUUAUAUGCAUUAGAUCAGAUCAUGGGACAGAAUUUGACAAUGUCAAAUUUUAUGAUUUCUGCAAUGAAAAUGAUCAGCUUGGUAAGUUCGAUGCCAAAAGUGACGAGGGGAUAUUUCUUGGCUACUCUUCUCAAAGCAAGGCUUACAAGAUAUAUAACAAGCGGACUCAAUAUGUUGAAGAAAGCGUCCAUGUUAUCUUUGAUGAAUCUCACCCAUCAUUUGAGAAGAACGCUGAGGAAGAUCAAGAUGUAGAACCCUUACUUGUUCCUGGCAAAGUCAUUAACAUGACAAACGGAAAGGCAGAUAUGAUGAGUGAAAUGAAGGAGGCAAAUGAAGACAAUGUUGCCUCAUCAUCUACAGAAUCAAGCACUUCAAUUACAACCACUAAAGCUGAAGAAAGAGUGGUUGAUGUAGUUCAGGGAACUCCACUUGCAUCUGAGAGAAGGAUAGAGGAUAAUCAACCAAACAUACCUUCUUCUUCUCAGAAUGAACCCCAAUCAUCUAACUCGAGACAUCAAAAACCCAAAAACAUCAAGGAAGCCCUAAAAGAUGUAGAUUGGAUUACAGCCAUGCAAGAUGAGUUGCAUCAGUUUGAGAGAAAUGGUGUGCGGCACCUGGUACCCAGACCCCCAGAUAGAACCAUUAUAGGAACCAGCAUCCUGCUGUGCUCAGCUUCUGUGGAUCAAUUAGCAACUGGAGGAUUUUGGAGUUCUCACUGA